AGCGCGUAGGAAGUGCCGCGGAACAGUUCUGUUCGGAUUAAAGAGAAAUAUACAGACAAAUAUAUAUCGAUAUAUAUAUAUAUAUAUCUAUAUAAACACAUACUGUAGAAAUGGAUUUGCGCUUGGGUGUGACCGACAAAAUUAAGAUAGCCGCAAAAGCCAUGGGCCACAAGGUCGUGCUGUAUCGACUGAGCACCGGACAUACCAAAGUGCUGGAGACCAAAUGUGGCAAGGUGAAGGGCAUGGAGCGCAAGACCAUCUAUGAUGGAGAGCAUUACUAUUCCUUUGAAGGUAUACCCUACGGCCAGCCACCGGUGGGCGAGCUGCGCUUUCAUGCGCCACAACCAGCCAAGCCCUGGGAGGGGGUGAGAGACUGCACCCACGCUCGAUCGCAGCCCAUCCAGAAGAACUCCAUAACGAGCGCUGUGGAGGGAUCUGAGGAUUGUUUGUACAUCAAUGUGUAUGCCAAGCGCCUGGAAACACCCAAGCCACUGCCUGUCAUGGUGUGGAUCUACGGCGGUGGCUUCCAAAUCGGCGGUGCCACGCGAGACAUCUACGGACCGGACUACUUCAUGAAGCACGACGUCCUGUUGGUCACCUUUAAUUAUCGCGUGGGCGCCUUGGGCUUCCUCAGCCUCAAGGAUCCCGAACUGCAGGUGCCUGGCAAUGCGGGUCUUAAGGAUCAGGUGUUGGCAUUGCGCUGGGUGCGUGAUAACAUAGCCAGCUUCAAUGGCGACGUGAACAACAUUACACUGAUGGGCGAGAGUGCGGGCGGAACGUCCGCACACAUGCUGAUGCACACGGAACAGGCACGAGGCCUGUUCCAUCGCGCCAUUGUACAGUCGGGAUCGGCGCUGUGCGAAUGGUCCACCCAGCCGGAUAGGGGCGCUGUCCAGCGUCUGGCCAAACGUUUGGGCUACAAGGGCGAGGAGGGCAACGAGAAGCAGCUGCUACAGUUUUUCAAAGCGGCAUCUGGGCAUCAGCUGGCGCAGUACUGCAAUGCGAUCGUGACCCAGGAGGAGCAUCGUCAAUAUGAGAUAAUUGCCUUCGGGCCUGUCGUGGAGCCAUAUGUGGGCGACGAUUGCGUCGUGCCCCGGCCUUAUAUCGAGCAACUUGUCAGCGCUUGGGGCAAUGAGAUACCGCUCAUUAUUGGUGGCACCUCGUUUGAGGGACUAUUCAGCUAUAAGACAACGCUGCAGGACAAGGAGCAUAUGCUCAGUGCCUUUGAGGCCAUUAUUCCAAAACCCGUGCGAGAUACCAUCGAUGCCAACGAGCUGACCGAGCAACUGCGUCGCCUGAAGCUGGCCUACUUCGACGAUGCCGAUCGCGCCCAAAUGGAGCUAUUCGAGUGUCUGCGUAUACUGAGCAUCAAGAACUUCUGGCAUGCGAUUCACCGCUCGCUGCUCGCUCGUGCUGCCUAUGCUCCAGCCACGCCCACCUACUUGUACCGCUUCGACAUGGACUCGCCGCACUUUAAUCACUAUCGCAAUCUGCAAUGCGGGCGACAUGUGCGCGGAGUUUGUCACGGGGAUGACAUAUCCUACAUGUUCUACACGCUUCUGUCCAACAAACUGAAUAAGGCCACGCCCGAGUAUCGCACCAUUGAGCGCCUCAUUGCCAUGUGGACCUCAUUCGCCACGACGGGCAAUCCCAACUGCCCGCAGAUAGAGCCCAUUCAAUGGGAGCCAGUGCGACCGGGCGUCUCGGAGCUCUGCCUGAACAUCGCCGAGGAAUUAGAGUUCAAGCCAUUGCCGGAGAGCAAAGAGUUCGUGGUGUGGGACAGCUUCUAUACAAGAGAGACUCUAUACUAGCACUGCGCUCCCCCCCUUAAGCUAACCGGUUUGCAUUUAAUGAACCAACUCCGCCCAACGGUUCGCUUUAAGCUUUAUCUCGUUCAUUGUUCAAUUUUCAUUGAUGAUAAUGAAUGUU